CUCUGCUAUAUAAACAGAGAGCCACAUAUUUUACACACAUCAGUUUUCAUCAUCGACUUAGAACUCUCUAAUUCUUUGGUGAUCUUUUUGCCCAUAAAAUUAGAAAGGAAAAAUAGGCUUCACCUCAGCCUCAUACAUACAUCAAGCGGCCGAAGUAUAAACAGAGAAAGAAAAGUCCAGAGAAAGAAAAGUCAGUGGGUCAGAAAAGAUUCUUUGGGUUGGGAGGAUCGAUCAUCAUAUUUGGAGUGAUCAUGUUUACCAUUUCAAAGGGAUUUGCUGUUAUAUCUGCAACUAAGAACCUCCAACUACCGUUCAUCGAAGAUAUAUUUGCGUCAGGGCGCACAAGAUUUUUGGAAUGGGUGGUUUCGGAAAAUCAGAUCUCUCAAAGCUAGACAUGCCACCUCCUCUGUUAGCCUUAUGCCAACAUGUCCAGACCAAGUUGUUGCCUACUAACGAGGCUGUAACAGUUCACAUGCCCAAGGAAGUGUUUGGCUUUGAACAUGAUACAUUCCUCUUACCUGAUGAUAUUUUGCAGUUUGGUUCCAUGGUUGAGAUUGGAACCACAGUGAUAUCAGUAUACAUGAGGUUCCUAUUUGACUAUUUAAAAAUGGCAAAUAUGGUAAACCUUGUUGGCCUCGUGGACCCUGGGCUAGUCAGCUCUCAAUCUGGAUCACUAUCAGACAGAACAAAACAUCUGUCAAACCGCUUGAAAACAGCAGAUGGGAAUCAAUUUUUCUUGGUCCCUUAUAAUCCAGGGGAUCAUUGGGUGAUGGUAAUUGUGAGACCAGCAACAGAGACUGCCUAUUACAUGAAUUCACUGCCAAAAACGCUUAGUUGACGACGACAUGAAAAGUAUAGUGAAUACGUCAAUUAAAAUGUUUAACAUUCAUAUAAACAAAAA